UCAAGAGAGGGCCAAAUGAAAUCCACGCUCCCCUUCACUGCGCUUCGCCGUGGGUCUUGGGCGUCUGUGGUUUCUGCUUCUGCUAGCCCGACAACCCCAUCUUCUAUGGUGCUUCAGACCGCCCUUGCUGAUCAGACCGGGUUGCUUCAAGGCUGGCAGGCACGAAUUGAGAGCUUCCUGGAGCGGGCAGAGGCUGCUUUGAGUAGGCUCUCCCUUGUGGCGGCUAUGUUGCAGGCCACGCUACAACCUCUUGGUGUGGCAGUUGUUGACUCCACGGAGGUCCGGGGGACAGAGCCCUAUGGUUGUUUCUCUCCUCGUGUUUGGGACAAUUCACCAUCGGUGUCUGCUUCUUCCGUUGCGUUGCCUCCCGCAGUGGGCGAGUCCAUCGUCGGGCUUGCGGCUCCGGUGUUGCAACUCAUGCCCGAGCUUCGGGAUAUAUGUUCGAACCUUGCUUCGCCUAUGUCCUUGGAGCGAUUGGAGGUGGACUCAUCGACGACGUUGUGUAAGGAACAUGUUUCAUCUCUAUCAUGUGAGCAACUAAAGGUGCCGAAGUCGAUUGUGUCGCUGGUUCCUGCGGUGGAGGAUGUUCUGUCAGUGGUUCCUCGGGUCGAUGAUGUUGAUGUUGCCAGUUGGUUGGUGCCUGUUCCCACGAGCCCCUUGGUUGAUGACAACGACACCAAGAAAUUCAAUGGGUUUUACGAUUUUCUUGACAAAUGGGUGGCUCACCAGCCGACAUCUGGCAAGACAAGUGACCCUGCAAAGAAGAUGCCAAGUAAGGAGAAACCAAAGAAGAAGAAAAACAAGAAGUGUGGCGCCAUCUGAAAGGCGUCUGUGAUUUCAUGAUGGAGGGUGGUCAGUUUUUGUUAGUGUGCUUGUUAGGAGUUUCAUUGUGUUCUUCAAGUGUUGAGGGUUGCGGGUGUUGUUUGUUUAGAGGGCCGCUUAAGCGGUUUUGGUGUUUCCUACUUUGCGAGUAGUCCGCAUUUGGGAGUCUGUAUCGAUUUUCGCCUGGUUUUUUGUAAAUUAACUGAGCAAUUCAAAUAUUUUUGCCUCCGUUUCGAAAAAAAAACUUUGAAGCCGGUAGAUUAACGCUAGGUAGUCCACGGACCUGGAUGUAAUUUUUAUUAUUUCUAGUAUGCAUUGUAAUGUCAAGAUUAAAGAUGAAUAAACUGGAAGUUUUCUCAAAAAAAAA